GUUUAGUAGCCCUUUUGCUUUAAUUUCUCCCUUUUCUUCUUAAUCAAUUAAGCUAAUUUGUGUGCUAAGCAAGAAUCCAUUAGGAAGUUUCUUACAAACUCCCCACAUUUAAAAAAAAAAAAAUCUCUUUAAUUUCACUUAGCUACUAUAAAUUAACUCAUAAUUACACCAUUUUCUUAAUUCCUCUAAAUUUAGAAAGAAUGGGCGUUGGAGGAACAUUAGAGUAUAUAUCAGAGAUGAUGAGUAUUGAUAAGCCAAAGAAGAAGAAGAAGCAGUUUACUACAGUGGAGCUUAAAGUUAGAAUGGAUUGUGAGGGCUGUGAAAUGAAAGUCAAAAAUACAUUAUCUUCCAUGAGUGGAGUGAAAUCUGUGGAGAUAAACAGGAAACAACAGAAGGUGACAGUAACAGGCUAUGUGGAACCAAACAAAGUGUUAAAGAAGGCAAAGUCAACUGGAAAGAAGGCAGAGAUAUGGCCUUAUGUCCCUUACAAUUUGGUAUCCCAACCAUAUGCUGCACAAGCUUAUGACAAAAAGGCGCCUCCUGGCUUCGUCAGGAGGGUCGAUCAGUACCCAACCACGGGUACUGUUGCAAGAUAUGAUGACCCUUCCUAUGUCAACAUGUUUAGUGAUGACAAUCCUAAUGCUUGUUCCAUCAUGUAAUUAAUUAAGGUACGAGAAAGCUACUAAAGAUGGGACGAGAAAACACAAAUUCUUUGAGCCAACGGUCUAUCAGAAAUAUAGCUCUCUACCUUACUAUAUAAGGCGAUGAGGGUGAGAUCUGCGUACGCACUAUUUUCUCUAGAUUCCACUUAUGAGAUCACACUAAAUAUAUUGUUAUUGUUCCGGUCGGGUGAGGAUGGGAUUGAAAAGUUAAUUGUUGUAUUUUAAGUUUUGCAUGGUUUUUUUUUUUGGUGCAAUGGUGUCAUUAAGCAGUCUCAGGAAUUUUGUGUAGUAAACCUACUAGUACUUGUAGUUAUUGAAUAAUAAUACUUGAGUGUCCUUUUUUUUAAAAAAAU